UGCACCCCUCCCUUGGGACGGGCGAGCCGGGGACACCCCAAAUCCGGGGUGUCCCAAAUCCGGGGUGUCCCAAAUCCGGGGUGUCCCAAAUCUGGGGUGUCCCAAAUCCGGGGUGUCCCAAAUCUGGGGUGUCCCAAAUCUGGGGGCACCCCAAAUCCGGGGCUGUCCCAAAUCUGGGGUGUCCCAAAUCCGGGGUGUCCCAGCUUUGGGGGUGUCCCAAAUCUGGGGUGUCCCAAACCUGGGGGCAUCCCAAAUCUGGGGUGUCCCAAAUCUGGGGUGUCCCAAAUCUGGGGUGUCCCAAAUCCAGGGGUGUUCCAAACCUGGGGGCACCCCAAAUCCGGGGUGUCCCAAAUCCGGGGUGUCCCAAAUCUGGGGUGUCCCAAAUCCGGGGUGUCCCAAAUCUGGGGAUAUCCCAAAUUUGGGUGUCCCAGCUCUGGGGGUACCCCAGAUUUGGGGGUAUCCCAAAGUCAGGGCUGUCCUGGCUCCGGGGGUACCCCAAACCUGGGGCUGUCCCCCUCCAGGGGUGUCCCCGCUCCGGGGGUGUCCCCGUUUUGGGUGUCCCGGUUCUUGGGAUAUCCCGGCUCUGGGUGUCCCCGCUCCGGGGGUGUCCCCGUUUUGGGUGUCCCGGCUUCGGGGAUAUCCCAAACCUGGGAUAUCCCAAACCCAGGAUAUCCCAGACCCAAGGGUGUCUCUGCUCCGGGUGUCCCAGCUCCCAGGAUAUCCCAGACCCGGGGGUGUCCCAGCUCUGGGUGUCUCUGCUCCGGGGGUGUCCCAGCUCCGGGUGUCCCCAGCUCCGGGUGUCCCCAGCUCCGGGUGUCCCUGCUCCGGGGGUGUCCCAGCUCCCAGGAUAUCCCAAACCCGGGGGUGUCCCAGCUCCGGGUGUCUCUGCUCCGGGUGUCCCAGCUCCGGGUGUCCCUGCUCCGGGGGUGUCCC